AAGGUUGAAUGCCUCCCAGAAGGGCACAGCUUAUUCUAAUACCAGAAGCUAAGCGCUCCUUUUGGACACUUGUAAAAUCUUUUGAUGGCUUGGCAAAAUUUCCCCGGGUUUCGAUAUGGACCUGUGUCUGUGUUUCUAUUCCUGUCCCCAUGGCGAUGAAGGCACAGAUAGGUGCCGUGGCAACCGUGCCCCUGGAAUCUUGGUGUGCAGACUGUAGCAGCUGUAUUUACCCAUGAGUUCAUCUGCCGGGAGAGACACUAAAACCCGGCCAGGCCCCCCCCCCGCCGUGUAUGUGUUUGUUUGCUGUGUUUAUCCAUGCAUCUGCUCGCUUGCUCGGUUGGUGUGUAUGUUGGAUGCAUGUAUUUGGGUGAUACUCCCUCCUGGACGCAGAGGAAAAGGGCAGCGGACAAACACAAAGCCAACAGAGCCGGGGCAUCACAGAUAGAGACAGGAGGCUUUGGGACGGACUAAGUUUAAGGGCCAAAUGGGGGGUGGGGGGGCGGUACACCGGAUUGUGUUUGUGGUUGUAUGGGCAGUUGUUAGCCUUCCUAUCAUGGUGUCACAUGCGACAGAGCAGAACAAAAACACAGAUGGAAGAACUUUGACUAAGGACACACACUUUCCUCUCUUUUCCUCUCUCCUGUCUUUUCCCAUCAUUUCCUGCUCUUUGCUUUCAACAACUUAUAAUCCUGACCUCCUACUAAUGUCUGAUUCUCUUUCUCUCAAACGUCCUUCAGAGCAGCUUGUCGGCUACAUCUUUUUUGACAAGACUCAUUGCUGCUUUGCCUGUGCUUUCUGCUUUUAAUGUUCUUCUUCUAACUUCCCUCUCAUUUCUGCUUCAUUGCACCUUCCUAUCUAAGCUUUCUCUUAGCAACUAGUCCUCUUUUUGACUGUCUCUCAGUAGGUUUCUUCCUCUCUCUCUUAUCCUCUCACCUACUAUCUUUUGGAUGGAUAGCUACUCACUCCUCUACAGUUCCUCCCACAGAACCAGGCUUCUCUCCGGCUUCCAGCGUCUGCGCUCUCAGAGAAACAUGUGUGAUGUCGUCCUAGAGGCCGGCGGUGUAUCUUUUCCUUGUCAUCGCGCCCUUUUGGCCAGCUCCAGCGAGUAUUUUUGGGCUCUGUUUGGAGAGACUACCACAGAGAGAUUAGCUGGCUCCAUUAGCCUCCCGGCACUAACACCUGAGGGUUUAAACGCCAUUCUGGACUUCCUGUAUUCCGGCUGGCUUAACGUAUCACCGCCUACACUUCCUGUUGUCUUGGAGGCAGCCAGGUACUUGCAGGUCGAGACGGCUGUGUCAAUAUGCGAGUGCUUUCUGAUUGAUGGAUUAAACGCUGAGAAUUGCUGUUUCUAUGCUAACCUGGCUGAGCAUCACACCCUCUUGGAUGCACUUAAAGCUGCCAAUCAAACCAUCACUAUGGAGAUGGGGACAUUGCUGCAGGAAAGCAGGGAUGACCUUCUGGGGCUGAACAUCCAAUCACUGAUGGCGGUGCUCGAUGCUGACGAAAUACCUGGAGUCAAAGAGGUGGAGCUUAUAAAGCUGGCUCUGGAUUGGCUGGAUGAGAAUGGACCCCUCCCUCUGCUGAAAUCAAAUCUUCUGCUGAGUCGUCUGCGCUUCGGAUUGGUCGCCCCUUCUGACCUGCCCAAUGUAAACCACGGCCACAAAGCCAUGGCCACACCUCUCAUCAGAAGUCAGCUGACCCGGGCGUUGGAGUACCACAGGCUUGGUUCUGCUCAGCCAAUCAGACAGAGUAAACAGUCCACACUCAGAGCGUCGCCCAAUCGUGUGCUACUUGUGGGUGGAGGAUCCAGCCCGGAUUGGCCGGAACAGCAGAUGUUGGUGUUUGAUCCCAGAAGUAGGAAGUUUUCAUCUCUGAGCUCCACCAUCCCGCUGCGACUGAGAAAUCACUGUGUAUGCUCAGUGGGUGGUUUCCUCUUCGUGGUCGGAGGAGAAGAAGUGAAAGAGGGAGACGAGGAUGGGAAAAAGUCAGUCACCGUGGCGACAUCCAACCAGGUGUGGCGCUACGAUCCACGCUUCGUCAGCUGGGAGAUGGUGGAGUCAAUGCUGGAGAGGCGGGCACAGUUCACCUGCUGCAUCGUGGAGGAUGCCAUUUACGCCAUCGGGGGACGACGCACUGGACCAGAUGGCAACAUAACCUCUGUAGCUUCUGUUGAGUUUUACGACAUGGCCACAGGAGCUUGGAGGAGAGGAGCAACGAUGCCUCGCCCCCUUUAUGGCCAUGCUUCUGCUGUGCUUGAGACCAGCAUCUACGUGUCAGGUGGUGUCCCGUGCAACCAGGGCGGCAGUAACCCUGUUGAUAACCAGGAUGACCACAGAGCGAGCAGCAGAGAAGUCUUGUUCUGGGACCUCAAAGGCAGAAUCUGGGAGAAGCGAGCACCCAUGUCCAUCGCCAGGUUCAACCAUCGCCUGGCAACCGCCCACGGCCACAUCUACGCCCUGUUGGGAAUGUACGAGCCCUUCUGCGAUAUUGAACGUUACGAUACGCAGUCAGACCACUGGACCCGCCUUCGACCGCUUCUCAUUGGCUCCUUCGACUACGGGAUGGUGUCAACGUCGUCUGGGAAUCUGCUGGUGUUUGGAGGGAGGAGAUGGAGCGACGGACAGGAGGUGAUAGUGAAGAGUGUGUUGGAGUACGAUACAAAGAACGAUCGCUGGAGAGAGAUCUGCCAGCUCCCUAGACCUCUCACUGGGACUGAGUGCACACUGCUGCCUCUACCAGACUGAAGUUCACUUAGUGUGAGAAAACGUUAACAUGAAAGUGAGUGAUGCAACAUAGUCUCAAAAUAAUGAGAACAGAGCACACAUGACUAACAUUAUAGGGAACUGAAUGGGAACUAUUACCAUAAUUUCCCAUUUUGGGAUAAUAAAAAAGAAUCAAUCAAUUAAUCUAUCCAUCUAUCAAAUUUCGGCCAUGAAACUGUUCCAUCUCUUUUAGACGAAAAGACGUGCAUUAUUCCAUGAUAUUUACAAAAAUAUUUUAAACAAGUAGACUUAAAGAAUACUUAAAGAAACAAUUGACAAGUUGGAAAACAUUCUUUUUUGCUGAGAAUUAGAUGAACCACAUUAAGCUAAUACCAGGGGCUGGUUAGAUUAAAAUCAUUACCUUAGAAUUAUUUUUAAACUUUGUUUUUUGUGUGGGUAACACAAAUCACCUAUAAGCUUUACAGAUGCUUGUAGACAGAUUUGUUGCCUCUGGUCAGAGCUAGCUAGGCCAGCUGUUCCCCUCUUCUUGUAUUUAUGCCAAGCUACUCUUCUACUUCUUAUGGAAGUAGUUAGACAUUUUGGGAACUGUACUUCUUUGCGUUUGCCGAGUGCUUGUCAUAUCUGUUGAAUAUGAAGCUAGAACCAGGAGAUUGUUAGCUUACUUUAACACAAAGUACGGCCUUUUGUAAAACAUUUUGAUAAAACAAACACGACUGAAAUCAUUCGUGAGUGUUUUGAGUGUUUGUAGGCUGAUAUUGUUACCUUUGAACAGAGCUAGGCUAGCUGUUUCUCCCUACUUAAAGUCUUUAUGCUAAGCUAAGCUACUCUACUACCACUCGUAGACGUAUAUUGACGUUUAGGUGCGUACACUUAUUCUCUCUUUUUUGUCAAGCGUUAGAUGAGAAGAUUGAUACCACUGUCUUGCCUGUGCGCUAAAUAUGAAGCUUAAGCCAGGAGGAGGUUAGCGCUUAGCAUGAAGCAAAAGACUUUUUUUUUUUUUUUACAAUUCAGUUUUUGUAAAGAUUUAAUAAACAAGAUGUACCAUGUUAAUAUGUGAGCUUAAGACGUGUUUCUAAGCCUUUUAUCCAACUCCAGACAAAGCCAACCUAGCUGUUUUCCUCGUUUCCAGUCUUUAUGCUAAGUUAAGCGAAACGUCUUUUGGAAAAACAUGUCAUGAAAAUGACACGGGAUAAAAAGUCUACACACUGAUCUGACAGAUUGUUGAAAAGAGAAAGUACUGUCAGAGGAAAAUAUGCAAUUACCGGUGCAAUUAUCAUCUAUAAGCACAGGUCAUUGAGGGAUGGUCCUCAUUUACAAUGACAUCGAGACAAAUUACAAAGACAAAAACAAAACAACA